AUGGAUUCCCCCCCCCCAACAGUUGGAGAAGCCCGCAGUGCCUCCAGCAAGCAGCAAAACGAGACUGGCAUUGAUGAGGCGUCCAACCCCCAGUCAACUCCCAGCGCUAUCCCACCUGCGGAAGAGGGAGCACGGCUGGUAGCAGCUGCAGAGCGCCUGACAAAUACCAGCAGCGUCGACCACCGAAUUAGUCGCUCGCCCGUUAUACAGGAACCGCAGACGGACAGCACCACCGAGUAA